AUGAGUCGACAGCGGCACCUGUCCGCCGACCGGUCGCCCGACCGCUCCGCCGACUCGUCCACGCGCGGCACGGACGGACGUCUCUCUGUCUUUUCAUACAUCAGAUGGUCUCGUCGUGACGCUCGCGUCGCGCCACGUCGUCUAAUUAGUCCGUCAUUAGGAAGAUAUUAUACUUUUUGGAGGUUCGCUUUGAGUUUAAUCGUU